CGGCGGCCUGGCAUUGUCCCGGAUUUAUGGAUGAGGGCCUUUCUGCAGUGAGAGGCCAGUAAGUGCCCCAGGAAUCUGCAGCCCACGAGUGCCCGGCCACCAGGCACCAGAGCCAGCGCUCUGCCCGACCUCCCGGGGCCGUGCACAACACAGGGAUGUGCAGGGUUCCCACAGGACACGGCCUUGAGUUCAUUGUGGCGUGGAUGCCGGUGGUGCGGGGUGCUGCGUGCGAGGACCUCUGCCGAAGGUCGCUGCUAGUGCGAGGCUGCAGAGGGCUUUCGCGAUGCUCUUGCACGCUGGGCUUUACAAAGUAAACAGCAUGUGCCACUUUUACCAAAAGGUGGAGCUGUUGUCAAAAAAUAAAGAUGUGGGAGGAGUCACAUGUCACUGAUUUUUUGGAAGGUUUCUGUGUGGUUGCAGGUGAAGGAUGCUGUGGUUGGCACAGGGCAGCAGCUACUCUGACCUAUGACACUCUCCGAUUUGCUGAGUUCGAAGAUUUCCCGGACACCUCAGAGCCCGUUUGGAUACUGGGUAGAAAAUACAGCGUUUUCACAGAAAAGGACGAGAUCUUGUCCGAUGUGGCGUCCAGACUUUGGUUUACAUACAGGAAAAACUUCCCGGCCAUCGGGGGAACUGGCCCCACCUCGGACACGGGCUGGGGCUGCAUGCUGCGCUGCGGACAGAUGAUCUUUGCUCAAGCCCUGGUGUGCCGGCACUUGGGCCGCGACUGGAGGUGGACGCAGCGGAAGAGGCAGCCGGACAGCUACUUCAGCGUCCUGCGCGCCUUCAUGGACCGGAAGGACAGUUACUACUCCAUCCACCAGAUAGCACAAAUGGGAGUCGGCGAGGGCAAGUCCAUCGGCCAAUGGUACGGGCCCAACACGGUCGCCCAGGUUCUCAAGAAACUCGCUGUCUUCGACACGUGGAGCGCCUUGGCCGUCCACAUCGCAAUGGACAACACGGUGGUGAUGGAGGACAUCAGAAGGUCGUGCAGGAGCAGCCUUCCAUGUGCGGGGGCCGCCGCAUUUCCUGCAGGUGCCGACCGGCACUGUAAUGGCGUCCCUGCUGGAGCCGAGGUCACCCACAGGCCGCCACUGCCGCCAUGGAGACCCCUGGUGCUUCUCAUCCCCCUGCGCCUGGGGCUCACGGACAUCAACGAGGCCUACGUGGGGACGCUGAAGCACUGCUUCAUGAUGCCGCAGUCCCUGGGCGUGAUCGGAGGCAAGCCCAAUAGUGCCCACUACUUCAUCGGCUACGUCGGUGAGGAGCUCAUCUACCUGGACCCGCACACAACGCAACCGGCGGUGGAGGUGGCCGACCGCCGCUCCAUCCCGGAUGAGAGCUUCCACUGUCAGCACCCCCCGAGCAGAAUGCGCAUCGGGGAGCUUGACCCCUCCAUUGCCGUGGGGUUUUUCUGCCAGACCGAGGACGAUUUUGACGACUGGUGCCAGCAAGUCAAGAAGCUGUCGCUUCUCGGAGGCGCCCUGCCCAUGUUUGAGCUGGUGGAGCAACAGCCGUCCCACCUGGCCUGUCCCGAUGUCCUGAACCUGUCCUUAGAUUCUUCUGAUGUAGAGCGACUGGAAAGGUUCUUUGACUCAGAAGAUGAAGACUUUGAAAUCUUGUCCCUUUGAAAGUCCUGCUUUUGGGG